AUGACCGAAGUCGCUGCCUCGAAGAAAUUUGCAUUACUUGCCACGGGCGGCACCAUCGGAACUAAGGCCAAAAACCCUGACGAUGUAGAUUACGGCUCUGUUGGACACGGUGAAUAUGUUACACUCGAUCAACUCCGGAAGAAUACCGGGAUCGAUGAAGUUGCACGAGAGCUCGGUGUCGGCAUCCAGCCUGAGAAAUUUGAAUCCAUCGAUAGUACUGCGGUCACCUCCAAAGUUUGGAACGAUAUUGGUCAAAGAUGCGAAGGGUUGUCUAGAGACAAAGAUAUCAAGGCCAUCAUCAUCACCCAUGGAACAGCAAGCCUUGAAGAGACUGCAUUCACUCUAUCUAUGGUCUUGAGACUGAGGACUCCAGUCAUCGUCACUGGUUCCAUGAGCCCCUUGAAUGGAACAUCCUCAGAUGCAUCGGCCAAUCUCAUCGCCGCGUUCCGCGUGGCUGCUUACAUGUCCAACCAUGAUUAUGAGGGGGUUUUGGUGGUGUUGAACAACGAAAUACAUCUGCCCCGUUUUGUCACUAAAACUCACACCCAGAAUCACGACGCCUUUAAGUCACCAAAUUUCAAAUCCAUCGGUCGCAUUAUCAAGGGCGAAGUCAAAUUCGACGAGAUGGAACCGCCAAAGCUUCCCGCAAAUCUUGGGUUCACUGUCCAAAUGCUUGCCAACGCUCCGCGCGUCGACAUAGUGUGCAGCUACGUGGGUGCUGAUAGCGUGGGCAUCGACGCGUAUGUCAAGGCUAGAGCAAGGGGGAUCAUAUCCAUGGGCUUUGCGCCUGGACUAGGAACACCGGCAGAGAAAGUUGGGCUUGAUGUUGCCAUUAAAGGUGGCUGUGUGGUGGUUCAGUCGGUACGAGUUUUAUCUGGGAAUGUUACCGACAGUGAAGACCACAAGAAGAUGGGCAUCAUUUCUGGGAACAACCUCAGCCCCUGGAUAGCGAGAAUCGUUGUCCAACUUGCGAUUAGUAAGAGCGAUGAGACUAAAGUGGAUGUCAAAGACAUACUCUGUGAGGCGUUCAGAAAUCUUUAG